AUGGCGGCGUCCGCGCGCACAUGCCUGGUGGUGACAGCGCUGGCGUGCGCGCUAACACUGGCGCUGCGCUCGGCGGACGCACAGGCGGACGAGUCCCAGAAGCCCAAGUGCGCUCCGGGCGCCGCCACGACGUGCCGCGUGGGCGCGUUGCGCGACCCGGAGAACCAGGAGGAGGGCCUGCUCAACGUGAAGGUGCCGAGCAGCGCGGCCGACGACGACUACAGCGAUCCCGACCAGUCCGACGGCGAUGACCUCGUCGUCCUCGGCCACUGA